AUGAGCAUCAGCUUGAUAGAUUCAACCACCAGAGAGAACACCCCGGAGGUGGCCGCGCGACGAAUCGGAGUCCUCGAGUCCAUCCGUUCCGGUGUAGCAUGGCUGGCGGUGACCUUGAGCUACGCAGGAAUGGACUACAUCAACAAGCAGCUGGUCCUGAUCGUGGCCCUCACCACGCUCGUCCUUCUCUUCAAAGCCCCGCACUGCUAUGCUUCGUACGUCCUGCCCAAGACGGAGCUGUUGGAGGGUAUGACGCACAAGUCCUUCCUCAUGUUGGUUGUAGCAGAGGCUCUCAAUACUUUGACCUCCUACUCCUCGCAGAGCUUCACCCAGUGGUGGACCUUGAAUGGAUGGGAGCCUUCUGAGAUUGCCGGCUUUGCCCUGACAGUCGGUCUCGUUGGGCCUGUGGCACUGUCCGUGAUCUUCUUCUUCCUGACGCGCAUGAACAAGUGGGGACCCUGGGCAAUGCGAGACUUCAGCUGCCUUCUGCCACCCGGUUCCCUCCUCCGAGCGCUGUGCUUGUGGGACUUGGGCUACCUCAACUUCCGUUCCGAGACAUUCGUCGUCGCCAUCUUGGUCUCCGUGGGCUUAGACGUCGCCCGGGGAGCUGCAGUUUGGUGCUCCAUCAUGACGAUCUUGGGGAACAAGUGGUACGCCCUGAAGGGUUGCUACAUCUGCUUGACCUUGAUCUCAGCAUGCGCGGCCUUGUCACCUAUGAUGGGGCACUGGAUUGCAGAGGCCGCCACGCGCACAUCACCGCUGGAGGACAUGAAGACCCUGGACCGGCCGAUUUCGGGCAAGGGCUCCCUAGGCGAAGCAACGGCCUGGGCGGUGGUGCCUCUGGCAAUGGCAAGCUACAUCUUCCAGCUGCUGGCUUGGAAGUACUUCAACGGGGACAUCCUCACCUUCAAGGGGCACGGUAAUGUGCUGCCUGAUGGCAGCAUCACUGGCACAGACUCCAUCAUGCAGCGAAUACCUGCGGCGGAGGUCAA